UGUUUCCCUGAGCUAAAGGCAGUCAGAAUGAAGCAUCUUGCCAUCCUUGUGCUGUUGUGCCUGCCAGUAUGCUCGGCUUACACCCUGAAGAGGGCAGCAAAGGAAGAGGACAUCAGCAUGGAUCUCGCCCGGAAAUAUCUAGAAAACUACUAUAACCUUCCAAAAGACGUGAAGAAGUUUGUUAAAAGAAAAGACAGUGGUUCUGUUGUUAAAAAAAUCCAAGAAAUGCAGAAGUUCCUUGGGCUGGAGGUGACGGGGAAGCUGGACUCCGAUACUCUGGAUGUGAUUAGCAAGCCCAGGUGUGGCGUUCCUGACGUUGGUCACUUCUCUACCUUUCCUGGCACGCCAAAGUGGAGGAAAACCCACCUUACUUACAGGAUUGUGAAUUAUACACCAGAUUUGCCAAGAGACGCCGUUGAUUCUGCCAUUGAGAGAGCUCUGAAAGUCUGGGAGGAGGUGACUCCACUGACAUUCUCCAGGAUGUAUGAAGGAGAGGCUGACAUAAUGAUCUCUUUCGCAGUUGGAGAACAUGGAGACUUCUACUCUUUCGAUGGACCAGGAGAGAGUUUGGCUCAUGCCUACCCACCUGGACCUGGGUUUUAUGGGGAUGUUCACUUUGAUGAUGAUGAAAACUGGACAGAGGAUGCAUCAGGGACCAACUUAUUCAUUGUUGCUGCUCAUGAACUUGGCCACUCCCUGGGUCUCUCUCACUCGGACAACACCGAAGCUCUGAUGUACCCACUCUACAAGUCUACAGACCUCGUCCACUUCCGCCUUUCUCAAGAUGAUGUGGAUGGCAUUCAGUCCCUCUAUGGACCUCCCCCUGCCUCCUCUGAUGACACCCAGGUGCCCAUGGAAUCUGUCCCUCCAAGACCUGGGACACCAGCCAAGUGCGAUCCUGCUUUGUCCUUCGAUGCAGUCAGCACUCUGAGGGGAGAAGUCUUGUUCUUUAAAGACAGAUAUCUUUGGCGCAGAACUCAGUGGAACCUUGAACCUGAAUUUCAUUUAAUUUCUACAUUUUGGCCCUCUCUGCCAUCAUAUUUGGAUGCUGCAUAUGAAGUUAAUAGGAAGGAUACUGUUUUCAUUUUUAAAGGAAAUCAAUUCUGGGCGGUCAGAGGAAGUGAGGUACAAGCUGGUUACCCAAGAAGUAUCCACACUCUGGGUUUUCCUCCAACCAUAAGGAAAAUUGAUGCAGCUCUUUCUGAUAAGGACAAGAAGAAAACAUACUUCUUUGUAGAGGACAAAUACUGGAGAUUUGAUGAAAACUGCCAGUCCAUGGAGCAAGGCUUCCCCAGACUAAUAGCUGAUGACUUUCCAGGAGUUGAGCCAAAGGUUGAUGCCGCAUUUCAGGCAUUUGGAUUUUUCUAUUUCUUCAGUGGAUCAUCCCAGUUUGAGUUUGACCCCAAUGCCAGGAUGGUGACACAGAUAUCGAAGAGUAACAGCUGGUUACAGUGUUAGGCAAGAUAGAGAAAAGACAGACAUUGGCAUUUUAAAUGAAUCUAAUAAUUAUUCACCUAGUUUAUUAUGAGUCAAAAUGAUUAAUUAUUCCUGCAUGUGCUGUGGCUGAAGAAGAUGAGCCUUGCAGGCAUCUUCAUGAGUUAUAGAGCAUUUGUCUGGAAUGCUUCGCUUGCUUUUGAAUUACUUCGAAUAGAAGUGAGGAAUAUUUAUGCACAAUAGACAAGAGGAUGUGUCUCCGGGAGUGUUUUAUUAAUUAUUUAAUAAAUAUUUUUAUUUUUGGCCUGUUUCUUA